CGCACAGACAGAAAGCAAAAAUGAAGUUCCUCUCCACGGCCCUCCUCUUCGCCGCCGUUAUCGGCCAGGCUUCUGCUCACUACCGCUUUUUUAAAUUGAUUGCGAACGGGGUCACCGGCGCCGAAUACGCUAGUAUCCGCACAAGCACCAACAGUAACUCCCCGGUAACCGACGUCACCAGCACUGACCUACGAUGCAACGUUGGCGGUCUCGCCAGUGCAGCCAGCACCACUACGACCACCAUCACCGCCGGCAGCACCAUCGGCUUCGUUGCCGACACCGUUGUGAGCCACCCGGGGCCCUUCAUCGUCUACAUGGCAAAGGCACCCAGCACCGCCGCUGCAUUCGACGGAAGCGGCGCUGUGUGGUUCAAGGUGUGGGAGAAGGGGACAACUAGUCUCACUGCUACGGCGAUCAACUUCGAUGUCACCUCCACGCAGUGGACAUUCCCCGUGCCUAAGUCGCUACCCGAUGGGGAAUAUCUGGUCAGGAUUGAACAUAUCGCGUUGCACGGUGCGAGUUCUUUUGGGGGUGCUCAGUUCUACAUCUCGUGUGCGCAGGUUAAGGUCACCGGUGGUGGGUCCGGGACCCCUGGUCCAAAAGUCGCUAUCCCCGGCGUAUAUACUGGUAACGAGCCGAGCAUUAAACUUAGUAUCUACUGGCCAAUCCCCACCAACUACACCGUGCCUGGCCCUGCAGUCUGGUCUGGUUAGAUGGAGAAAAUGGAGGCGGCAUAUAUUUUACGCUGGUUGGGCUCAAGGGAGACUCUAAAAGUCAAUUCGUGUUAUAUUUCAUGAUCGAAACCGAGGCUCCUUUGAUGGCUCAGUGAGCCGAAUCGUUGGUGUUCUACGUCAUGUGACUUCCAAGCUGCGCACGCAGUGACAUGUCAGUGAAAGAGAUGAAAUAGCGGGGAUGUAAAAGAG